GCCCACCUUGCUCUCCCUCCGGUAGCAAGAUGGCGGCAGAAGCAGCCGGUGGGAAAUACAGGAGCACAGUGAGCAAAAGCAAAGACCCCUCGGGGCUGCUCAUCUCUGUGAUCAGGACUCUGUCUACCAGCGAUGAUGUUGAAGACCGAGAAAAUGAGAAGGGUCGCCUUGAGGAAGCCUAUGAGAAAUGUGACCGUGACCUGGAUGAGCUGAUUGUGCAACACUACACAGAGUUGACGACCGCCAUUCGCACUUACCAGAGCAUCACGGAGCGCAUCACCAACUCCCGCAACAAAAUCAAGCAGGUAAAAGAGAACCUGCUUUCCUGCAAGAUGCUGUUGCAUUGCAAACGGGAUGAACUUCGGAAACUGUGGAUCGAAGGAAUCGAACAUAAGCACGUGCUGAACCUGCUGGAUGAAAUUGAGAACAUCAAGCAAGUGCCUCAAAAGUUGGAGCAGUGCAUGGCCAGCAAGCACUACCUCAGUGCCACCGACAUGCUGGUGUCUGCAGUGGAGUCUCUGGAGGGUCCCCUGCUCCAGGUGGAAGGGCUCAGUGACCUCAGACUGGAGCUCCACAGCAAGAAGAUGAACCUCCACCUGGUUCUCAUCGAUGAGCUGCACCGGCACCUCUACAUCAAGUCCACCAGCCGAGUUGUGCAGCGAAACAGAGAGAAGGGGAAAAUGAGUUCUCAUGGGAGAGAAGCAUCUCCUGGUCCUCUGAUUGACGUUACAAACUUCCCAACUCCACGCAAAUUCCUAGAUGCCUCUCAGUUUUCUCCUGCUGGCAGUUCAAGUGCAAGGGAGAUCAACCUGCAGGACAUCAAAGAAGACAUGGAACUGGACCCAGAGGAGAAGAGCACCCUCUUCAUGGGCAUCCUUAUCAAGGGGCUGGCCAAGCUAAAGAAGAUCCCAGAGACAGUGAAGGCCAUCAAGGAGCGCCUGGAGCAGGAGCUCAAGCAGAUUGUAAAGAGGUCGACCACCCAGGUGGCUGACAGUGACUACCAGAGGGGAGAGAACCUCACUGUGGAGAACCAGCCAAGGUUGCUUCUAGAGUUGCUGGAGCUGCUGUUUGACAAAUUCAAUGCUGUGGCCAGUGCACACUCUGUGGUCCUGGGGUACCUGCAGGACUCUGUUGGGACCCAGCCACCACAGCAGGAGGAGGUCAAGUUGUAUGACAUGGCAGAUGUGUGGGUGAAGAUCCAAGAUGUGCUGCAGAUGCUGUUGACCGAGUACUUGGAUAUGAAGAAUACUCGGACAGCUUCAGAGCCAUCAGCUCAGCUCAGCUAUGCCAGCACUGGACGGGAGUUUGCUGCAUUUUUUGCUAAGAAGAAACCACAAAGGCCCAAGAAUUCGCUUUUCAAGUUUGAGUCAUCCUCCCACGCCAUCAGCAUGAGCGCCUAUCUGCGAGAACAGCGGAGGGAGCUCUACAGCCGCAGUGGAGAACUGCAAGGGGGUCCUGAUGACAACUUAAUUGAAGGUGGAGGAACAAAGUUUGUCUGCAAACCUGGAGCCAGAAACAUCACCGUUAUAUUCCAUCCAUUACUAAAAUUUAUUCAGGAGAUAGAGAAUGCCCUGGGACUUGGCCCUGCCAAGCAGUGUCCUCUUCGAGAGUUUCUCACUAUGUAUAUCAAAAAUAUUUUCCUGAAUCAAGUCUUGGCUGAGAUCAACAAGGAGAUUGAAGGAGUCACAAAAACAUCUGACCCCUUGAAGAUCCUGGCUAAUGCAGACACCAUGAAGGUGCUGGGGGUGCAGCGGCCUCUCCUACAGAGCACCAUCAUUGUGGAGAAGACCAUGCAGGACCUCAUGAACCUAAUGCAUGACCUGAGUGCAUAUUCAGAUCAGUUCCUGAACAUGGUGUGUGUGAAGCUCCAGGAAUACAAGGAUACCUGCUCUGCAGCUUACAGGGGCAUCGUCCAGUCGGAAGAGAAACUCGUCAUCAGUGCUUCGUGGGCCAAAGAUGACGACAUCAGCAGACUCCUGAAGUCACUCCCCAACUGGAGCAACAUGGCUCAGCCAAAGCAGCUGCGGCCCAAGAGAGAAGAUGAGGAGGAUUUCAUAAGGGCAGCCUUUGGCAAGGAGUCUGAAGUUCUGAUUGGGAACCUGGGUGACAAGCUAAUCCCUCCGCAAGACAUCCUCCGUGACGUCAGCGACCUCAAAGCCUUGGCCAACAUGCACGAGAGUCUGGAAUGGCUGGCAGGCCGAGCAAAGUCAGCGCUCGCCAAUCUUUCCACGUCCCAGAUGCUUUCUCCAGCUCAGGAGAGCCACGUGAACAUGGACCUGCCCCCGGUGUCCGAGCAGAUCAUGCAGAUGCUAAGCGAACUUGCCAGGUCUUUCCAGGAUAUGGCUGACCGUUGCUUGCUGGUCUUGCAUCUGGAAGUGAGAGUUCACUGUUUCCACUAUCUCAUCCCUCUGGCAAAGGAGGGGAACUACGCCAUCGUGGCCAAUGUGGAAAGCAUGGAUUAUGACCCUCUGGUGGUCAAGCUCAACAAAGACAUCAGUGCCAUGGAAGAGGCCAUGAGCGCCAGCCUUCAGCAGCACAAGUUCCAAUACAUCUUUGAAGGCCUGGGACACCUCAUCUCCUGCAUCCUCAUUAACGGGGCCCAAUACUUCAGGCGCAUCAGUGAGUCUGGCAUCAAGAAGAUGUGUCGGAACAUUUUUGUCCUUCAACAAAAUUUGACCAACAUCACAAUGUCACGGGAAGCUGACCUGGACUUUGCAAGGCAGUACUACGAGAUGCUGUACAACACGGCCGACGAGCUCCUGAACCUGGUGGUGGACCAAGGCGUGAAGUACACGGAGCUGGAGUAUAUCCACGCCCUGACCCUGCUGCACCGUAGCCAGACGGGAGUGGGGGAGCAGAGCACCCAGAACACCAGGCUGCAGCGGCUCAAGGAGAUCAUCUGUGAGCAGGCCGCCAUCAAGCAAGCCACCAAAGACAAGAAGAUAACCACCGUCUGAAGGAGUGUGCUCCCUGCGGGGAGGGGCACUCUGUCCUCAGUCCCACACGGUUCUUUCUUUGGUCUGUUACUUGGAGUAGUCAGGGCUCAGUUUUAUCCACACCCAGGCAUUAAUGGAUAUGAGGAUUGUUUUCCUGCUUAGUUUUCCCUUUCACAUGAAGUCUGAAGGAAGUUUUCAGUUUUCACAACUUUAGUAUAGCGUAUUCCCAUGGGGUCAGGGUGGGAUGGGGAAGAGGGGGUUGGGCUCUGAGAAAGAAAGGAAGGAAGGAAGGAAUUACUAAUGCUUUGUGUCCAAUAUAUGUAAAACUCUAGCUUUGGGGAGCUGAUGUCCACCUAAGUUUUAGGAUCCUCCUAAAACCACUCUUUAGGGCUGCAUUACAGAAACAGUGGGAUUUUCUACUCUCUGGACUUUGCAAAAUAAGUGUGUGUAUUGCUUUCUCUCUGUUAUCUGAAUCAAAUAAAUGGCUUCUCAGCUG